CCUCGGGACAAAGAAGGCCGAAGAUGGCGGCCGACGUGCAGCUGCUGUGUCUGGCCUCCAGCAGUGGGGUCCCCCUGUACUGCAGGAGCAAGGGGCGCUGCAGACAGCUUCCCUUUUCUGUGAUCGGGUCACUGAAUGGGGUGCACAUGUUUGGCAGUAAUCAGGACGUAUUGCUGACCAGCACUUGUACCGAGAACGCCCGGGUUUUCUGGAGAGUAUUUCACGACAGCAUCACUCUGAUCGUUAUGACCUCCCAGGUAGACGCAAGCGAUCUUUACCUGAGUCGCCUGCUGCAUAAUGUCUUCAGUUCCAUGGUUUUGCUGAUCGGCCAAGACGACCUGGUGAACAUCAAGAAUGUGGAGAGACUGAAGCGAGAUCUUAGGGUAAGUGUGAGCUGAGGUAAGUGUGAGCAGGGGUGAGUCUGAACUUACUGUGAGCUGAGGUGAGUGUGAGCUGAGGUGAGUGUGAACCUAAUGUGAGCUGAGGUGAGUGUGAUUGUGCCAAUUGAGCACAGUGGAGUCCCACAAAUA